GUAACACUUCCAUCUGCCGUCCGUAUUAUGUGCUCAGCCCGUUAGCGGAUUUGACCCUCACAUUCUCCCAAAACAUUGCCUGCCGCGAGAAGUGGUCUGCCCGAUACUGCGCCGAAGACACAGGUCACCCAAAGUCCGCAUGUUUCAUCCACCAGGCAGUGACCUUCCCGCCGCCACAUAGAGAAAAACAAUGCAGGUCGCAGCCUUCCUAUCGGAUCUCAAGUCUCUUAGUGUCUGUUCUCACGAAGCCGCCAUCGCCCUGGUCAAGCCACAUGUUAUCACGACAGGCGAUGUGACAGAUCGGGCGCCAGCCAAAUCUGACGAUACAAAUGGGCAACCAGUGCAACCUCCACCGCCAGAAGACCAACACAAUCAGGACCUCCAACGUGCAAACGAAUUGGUCUCACUCCAUUACAAUGUCAAGUUGAAAUAUCUUGAGACAGGGCCUGAUCCAGAGCUUGUCCAGGCGGGCGAGGAUGUCGACCAGGUUAUAGCUGCCUUGUCUGGAUCAGACAGACAGUCUAGAUAGCCCGCAGAAGUCAGCAGGGUCAAAUUUGCGCCGGAUGAUGAUGAAACGAUGGGGUGAAGUCUACGCGACUAUAGCCUACAAUUCUCUCGCCUUUCUCAGAAUCACGAUAAUGAUAUUGCUAUCUAUCCC